AUGUCUCCCGCAAACCCGGCCAAGCCCUCGUGGGUCAGCCAGAUGGAUGCGCCCCCUACCUCCCGCACCAAGUCCUCGCCCAUCGCCGACCCUCCCGGUUUCGCCAGCUCGCCUGGAACAAGCAAGAAAUCAGGAAAAGAUUCCAAGUUGCAGCAGCCGCGCAAGCCUCCUACCCCACAGGAGAUGAACACGCUCAAGCUCAAGAAGGCGUGGGAGGUGGCCCUGGCGCCUGUCAAGGGUCUCCCCAUGACGGCCAUCAUGAUGUACAUGUCGGGCAACUCGCUGCAGAUAUUUAGCAUCAUGAUGGUCUUCAUGGCCUUUAAGAACCCCCUCAUGGGGUUGGUCAACACCAACCAGGCCUUUGAGCGCUUCGAGUCCGAAUCCAUUGCCGGCCAGAUGCUGCAGGUCAAGCUCGUCUACGUGGCCUGUCAGCUCGUCGCCUUGGCUGUCGGUAUCUGGAAGAUCAACGCCAUGGGUCUACUGCCUACUACUCGGUCGGAUUGGUUGAUGUGGGAAGCUCAGAGACAGCCACUCGAAUACGCUAUUAAUGCUCUGUAG